ACAAACACUGACAAGGGCGGUUUAGGCAAAGUAAUUUGGUUCUAUGAUUUGCAGCACAAUGGGGUCUUUGGUCUAUGGCAUAUUAUUUUGUACCCUUCUUUUUCUUACAAGUUUUUUAGGUACACUUUGCUUUUUAACUCCAUUUAUGCCGUUUGUGUUGGUGAAUCCUUGGUUUGCACGACGAGUAUUCGAUUUCUUCCAAUCAUUGUGGAUUGUGUAUGCAGUGGCUCUUUGUGAGAUUAUGAUGGGUGUGAAGGUGAUAAUCACCGGUAUUCCUCCUGACAGGUUGGAAAGUAAUCUCAUCGUGAUGAACCACCGGACCAGACUGGACUGGAUGUUCUACUGGUCGUACCAGAUACGAUGUGGCUCAGUACACAACAUGAAGAUAUCCAUGAAAGAGAAUUUGAAAUACAUACCUGGCCCAGGAUGGGCCAUGCAGUGUGCUGCAUUUAUCUUUCUGCAAAGGAAGUGGCAAACUGAUAAACUCCGAAUUACAGCAGCCCUCAAAUACUACAAGCUAGUAGAUGUAAAACCACAGAUCUUGCUGUUCCCAGAAGGGACUGACCUAACAGAGGAGACUUUGGCUACAAGUAAUACAUUUGGUGAGAAAUUUGGCUACAGGAAAUACAAAAGAGUAUUACAUCCAAGGACAACUGGCUUCUGUUUUUUGGUGGAAGAAAUGAAAAAAAAUAGAAUUCUGGACUCUGUAGUUGACAUUACAGUGGCAUACCCAAAGAAUAUUUCUCAAGCGGAAAUCGAUAUGCUAUAUGGAAAUUUUCCAAAGGAAAUUCACUUUCAUGUUCAUUUAACUCCAAGCUCACAGUUGCCGGAAACUUCAGAUGAUUUGGCUCUUUGGUGUCGAAAACAAUGGGAAGAUAAAGAGGAUAAACUGGAAUUAUUUUACGAAAAGAAACACUUUCCCGUGGAUGACAUGCCGAAUGAUCACGGCGACUGUGACGAAAAUAGAAAUUGUGAUGAAACCACUGUGAAAUUAUACAUGUAUGGUGCACUUGUAUUUUGGAAACUCUUUCUUAUUAUAACCUUGUAUGGGUUACUUUUUCUGCCAUAUUUUCGUGUGUAUAUUCUUAUAAGCAUGAUCUGUUUCUAUUUAGUGGGGAAAAGGCAUGGUGGUCUGGACAAUGUUAUGUUCUUGCUAAAGGAAUAAUUAUUUUACUUCACUUUAUGACUUUUAUUCUUUCUGAUACACCUUUGCUUCACAAUUUUAGUUGUAGCAAAGAGUGUUUUUUUAUAAGGUAUUAAGAUCUACCUUGCAUGGUGAUUCUUGGUUAAGUUUUGAAUCUCACUUUUGUAAAUAUUUUGUUGAAAGCAAUAACAAUCAUGGGAUCUAGUAAAAUCUUCAUUACGGACUACUGGAUUAAUUUUUGACACAAAUAUUUUUUAACCUUUACUCUCAUAAAAUGUUUAUAAACACAGAAAAUAAUGUUCAUAUAUGUGAAUCGGUGAGUAUUCUUUUUGUGUGUUUUUCUUCUUUUUAUGAUAUUUUAAAUCGGUUAAUGUUGAUUAAAAUUAGGCACAACAUUUUUAUAUCCAGCAAAACUGCAGGAGAUAUAAAUGCAGUGUGUCAGCUUGUAUGACGUUGGGCAUGAUAUCUCGCUUGCAGUAGUCCGAAGGUUAAAAGUUACUCUGUGUAGCAGUGACAUCAUGUCACUUAUAGAGGGUUUCAUUGGUUUGGUAAAAUAACCUCAAUGAAUGAUAUUAUUUUGUAUAUUUUUAUCCAUAUUUACAUUCAUAUAAAUAAAUUAUUACCCCAGUUUAUGUGUGCUUUAUAAAAUUAUGAAACCAUGUUCUUGCUUAGAAUCCGAAAUGAUUCCCAAACUUGUUUCAUAAAUUUUAAUACAUUACACGUUCAAGUAACCACUAUUUAAAUAGAUGGGUAAAAACCACCAUAUACAAGUACUCUGUACGUACUUUAGUGUUCAUUGUAGUAAUCCUAAUCAGGAUAUUUAGUUCAGUCAUGUUUGUUGUAUAAUUUUGUUGACAGUGGGUAACCUGCAUUGUUUUGAUUUGAACUGUUUUUUCUAGUAUACUAUCAUCUAUGUGAUUAUUUAUAGUGCAAUGAAUCAACUGGUAGUUUUCCCACCUAUAUCAGUUUACAGUUACUUCCCUUGUGUGCUUUGUGCAAAGUGUUGUCUGUUUUGUCUAGGUAGUCAUAUUUGUAGUUCCGGUGAAGACUUAAUUCUUUUCUGAAAGAUACAUAGUUCUCUGAUACACUGUAUCGUAGUCUUGGUUAAAACAUGCUUAGUGUGUUCAUCUGUAUAUGUCCAGUGUAUUCCCGGUUGUCCUAAUAUAUUUAGAAAGUCAAGUCUGUUUUGAUGUGAUCAUUAGGUGCAUGUUGCAAUUUUGAUAAAACAUAUCUUUUAAAAAAAAAUAAAAAAUUAUUAACUUUUAGAAAUACAUGAUAAUGAAUCAUUGGAAUGUGACAAUUCAGAAUACUCUAAUUGCUCACCAACAUAAACAUUUGUACCUCUCCAGCACAUUUUAAAAAUAUUGGUUCUAGACUGUUGGAUGAAUUUGUAGCCAAUUGUUAACUCGGAACUAAAUUUUCGAUGACAGAUGUGAAAAUUGACUAUCCCCAUCAAGAAGCUGUGUUUUAAGACAGACAUAACAUACAGUGGUGUAAGAGGUUCAAGUACCUUUCAAGGUACAAUCUUGACUUUGCAGCACAUUGUAACAUAUUUCUGGCUCACAUAGGUUUUUAAUAAUUAAUAUUAUAUAUCAAUUACAUUUUCUUAAUUAAAAUAUCUAUGUUCUGGUCACUAUAAUACUUGCAUUAGCUCAAACUUAAUUUUAUCUUUUGAUAUAUGUUUAUGUUUAUAUAUAUAUACAUAUAUAAUUAGUGGAAGCUGAAAUAUCAUUUGAGCUAAUACAAAGAUUAGGAUUUAACUAGAAUCAUAUUAGAUAUAGAGGUAUUCAUAUUUUAUGAUAAUAUACUAGUAAUUAAUUUGUAAUUUAAAUCAUUAAAAAGGCUUUGCUAGAUAUAGAUUUGUUACUAUGGAUACAGAGUGAGAAAUAUUUCUGUAAAACAUAGUCUGACAAUCAUUGAGUGCCCGAAAUAAAUGUAUGUAAGGAGGAUUACUUAAAACAAACUGACCAUCCAUUAUUUUGGUUAUAAUAUCCGGAAUAAUGACAUUUAUAAAUACUCUUUUGUAUUUGUAAAAUAUGCUAUUAUACAAUAUAAUGUAUCAUCAGAAUUACCACUGAAAAAAGUGACAGGCAUGUAAAUCACUUUUACACAUUAUUGUGUGAUGAUAACAUCAAGAUCAACAUGCUAUGUGGCACUGACAUAGUCAAGUAUGGAUGACACAGAUCAUUUUAAUAAUAAAUAUUGUAGAUUGUAGUCUUUUGAGUCUUGCCAUCUAAAUAGAAUUGUUGCAGCUUAACUAUUUGUGUUGUGUAACAAAAAAAAGCAUUUCUUUUCAUAUAUUAUCCUAAUCUUUCACCUAAUUCAGCCCAUCCCUCCCCAAUAUCCCCAGGAACUUGUCAGAACAUCCCAACAGCCUAUCAAAUGAUAAUCUAGCCAUUUGACCUCUUCAUUUAUAAAAAAAAAAGGAAGAAGUUUGUUUUGUUUAACGACACCACUAGAGCAUAUUGAUUUAUUCCUUUAGAAGGUCUUUUGCUCGAAUUGGAUACAAACAUCUGUUUGGUUGAGUAAGAUUCAAAGCUCCAUAUAAUCCACAUUGCUGCAUUCUUCUCCAUCACAAAGUUCCAGAUGUUCACUGUCAAGGACUAAGAAAUUGACUGGUGUUAUUUCUGUGAUGUUACAUGUAUUUUACAUUUGUUAUUUCAUAUAGAUCAUCAUUAAUACUAAUUUUGGUAAGCACUAUAAGUGAGCUAUUCUUAUGUUCGGGAUAUUCACAGCUCCAUGGCUCUUUAUAAGGAUCACAGCACCAGUAUCAUAGUUCCUAUGGCAAACCUAUGUGAUGAGGCAUCUACCCACCGGGCUGUUAAAUCUUGUAGUUAGGUGAAGGAUUACAUUAUUGGUAGUGAGUGAAAAGAAAUGAAAAAACCCCACCCCAUAUUAUUUUCUCUUUUCAUGAAUGCUUAAACACAAUAAGACCUCUUCAGUUUCAGCAUUACCACUUCUAGUGGGUCUGUGGAAAGAACAAAGAGGUCUAUGGGUAUUGGGAAAAUAUUCAUAAAAAGAGAACAUAGGUGCUUGUGUUGUUUUCAUUCUGUGUUGUUUUAUUUAAAAAUAUAUGUAAUACAGUAUCUUUUUUACAAAAAUUUGUGUUUCAUCAGUGGCAUUAUGUUUGGUUUAUUUAUUUGUUUCAAUUUACUUUAUUAAGAUUUUUUUUAUCCACAAAAUAUGCAAUUCAUUGUCAACUGAGAAUAAACGUUUAAUUCAC